AUGCCAGAUUUGCAAAAUGAUGACCGAACAAUAGCCCUUACUAAAGAAUUCAAGAAAAUAAAGCCACUGCUGUUCCACAAGGGUGUGGACCCACUGAAGGCUGAAGCUUGGGUCCUUGGUAUUGAAAAGUUAUUUGAGGUAUUCCUAUGCCUGGAGACACAAAAAGUACAAUUGGCCACUUUUGCAUUGGAAAAUGAAGCAAGAAGAUGGUGGAUGCUAAUCUGUGAUGAUAACAAGGGCAUUGACUGGGCACAGUUUCUUGCACUCUUUUAUGAGAAAUACUGUCCACAGUGUGUCCGCGAUAGAAAGGUGUCGGAAUUUGAAGGACUGAAACAAGGCAAUCUGACUGUAGCCGAGUAUGAAGCCAAGUUCACCGAAUUGGCUAGAUUCACCCCAUAUUUGGUUGACACCGACUAUAAAAAGGCGAGGAAGUUUGAAAAUGAUCUUCGCAAUGACAUUCUGGAAAGGGUGAAUGUGUUGAAAUUGCCCACUUAUGUUGAUGUGUUAGAUCGAGCUUUAAUGUCAGAAGCCAACAUGACCAACCGAGCUCUUUUGGUUCACCAUGAAGAGAUAAAUGAGCAUCAAGUUGUCUAA